AUGGAAACAGGACGCUGGCAGCUCACGGGUUUCAUCAGAUGCUCGAAGCUGUGCAUAAUGGGUUUCUUUUUUUCAAAACUGCAGGCGGUACUGGAUCUGACAGACAUUGAGCAGCGUGUCCCGAAAUGGAUUCGGCUAUAUUCUUGCAGUGAAACAAAGACUGGUUACCGCUGUGCACAUCUUUCCAGGAUCAGAUAUUUCCAGACGCUGUAA